AUGCCGACACCGAGGAUGAAGAAGCAAAACGUCCGGACCCUGUCGCUCAUCCUCUGCAUGUUCUCCUACUUGCUGGUCGGCGCCGCGGUGUUUGACGCGCUGGAGUCCGAGUCGGAGAGCUCCCGCAGACGCAUCCUGGAGCAGAAGCGCAACGAGAUGAAGAAGAAGUACCGCUUCUCCGAGGACGACUACCGCGAAAUCGAGCGAGUGGUGCUGCAAGCUGAGCCCCAUCGCGCCGGGAGACAGUGGAAAUUUGCUGGCUCUUUUUACUUUGCCAUAACAGUCAUCACCACCAUUGGUUAUGGACAUGCAGCACCAGGCACAGAUGCAGGAAAGGUCUUCUGCAUGUUCUAUGCAGUACUGGGCAUUCCCCUGACUUUGGUCAUGUUCCAGAGCCUGGGUGAAAGGAUGAACACGUUUGUCCGCUAUCUCCUGCAUAAGACAAAGCAGUGUUUGGGCUGUCGACGCACCGAAGUGUCCAUGGAAAACAUGGUCCUGGUGGGCUUCCUGUCCUGCAUCGGAACCCUGUGUGUUGGGGCUGCAGCCUUCUCCCACUUCGAGGGAUGGAGCUUCUUCCAUGCUUACUACUACUGCUUCAUCACACUCACCACUAUUGGCUUUGGGGACUUUGUGGCCCUGCAGAAAAAGGAGGACCUACAAGAAAAAUCGCCCUACGUGGCGUUCAGCUUCAUGUACAUCCUGGUAGGGCUAACUGUUAUCGGGGCCUUCCUGAACUUGGUGGUGCUUCGCUUCCUCACCAUGAACACUGAGGAUGAGAGGAGAGAUGCUCAAGAGAGGGCGUCAGUGAAGAGGGACAGAGGCCUCUUGGAUGGGGGUCUGGGGCUCCAUGUUGUAGGGGAACAGAGCAGAGAGAGCCACAGAGAGAGAUCCCCUUUUAGACUGGGGCUAGGAAAAUAG